AAAAAAAGCAAUAGUGGGGUUUUGAGGUUAAAUUACUUUAGAGUAUUCGGAAAUUAAAUUAGACAGAUAUUUAAAAUUAUUAACAGUUAGCAUAUUACCCAAUUACAAAUGGCAUUGAGAAAUAAUAUUCACCAGUAUAUCAAAACUGUUCCAAAAGAUUCAAGACCGUUUGUCCGCUUCUAUUCUGAGCAAGUUGAUACAAAUGAGGGCGAAAAAUCUGUUGAUCCCACAAAAGAUAGAACAACUAAUGUACCAGUUGAAACAAGCAUGAAAUAUAUUCAAAGUGCUGCAUAUAAACAGACCUAUGGAGAAAGUCCUGUUUGGGUAUUGUAUCGCCGUAACCACAAAGGUGGUUUCGCACCUAAAAAGACAAGAAAGAGUUGUGUCAGAAAUGGAGUAAUAUCUACGGGAAAUCCAUGCCCAAUAUGUCGUGAUGAAUAUUUGGUUUUGGAUCAUAGAAAUACUGGUUUGUUGAAGCAGUUUAUUUCAGAAUAUACUGGACAGAUAUUGGAUGCUUUUAAAACUGGACUGUGUCAAAAAAAACACAAAGAACUGCUUGUUGCAAUUGAGAGAGCAUGGGACCAAGGUUACUUGACAUAUGAUGUACCGUUCAGGAAGUAUGAUUAUUCAUUGUAUGAUAAAAAGACCUCAUCAUAAUAAUGCAAC